CAGUCCAACCUCUGGCUUCCCACCUCCCUUCCAGGCGGCUCCCGGCGCCCGCUAAGCUCGGCAGUUGUGGGAGCCACAGUCGUCUUUUGCAACUCCCAGAGCGCGGAAUAGCGGAGUGGGACCCGUGGCCUUGCAAAUCACUGAUCCCUCUACUGUUUCUGUACUUUUGUAUUGCUCAAAAUAUCAUAUAGAGGAUCAUCAUCUAGGACCUGCCAGAGGCCACGAGAAAACAUGGGGAGGGUUUUCCUCACAGGAGAAAAUGCCAAUUCAGUAUUAAAACGCUAUCCAAGAGCUAAUACGCUUCUUGAAGAAAUCAGACAGGGAAAUAUUGAACGUGAGUGCAAAGAAGAAGUUUGUACAUUCGAAGAAGCCAGAGAAGCUUUUGAAAAUAAUGAAAAAACUAAGGAGUUUUGGAACACCUACACAAAAGCCCACCAAGGAGAGAGUAACAGAGGAAGUGACUGGUUUCAGUUUUACCUUACCUUUCCAUUAAUCUUUGGCCUCUUCAUUAUCCUUCUUGUCAUUUUCUUAAUCUGGAGAUGCUUCCUAAGAAACAAAACUCGAAGACAGACAGUGACUGAAGGCCACAUUCCUUUCCCUCAGCACCUUAAUAUUAUCACUCCACCUCCUGCACCAGAUGAAGUGUUUGAUAGUAGUGGACUGUCACCAGGCUUUCUAGAAUAUGUAGUUGGGCGCUCAGAUUCUGUCUCCACUCGCCUAUCCAACUGUGAUCCACCACCAACCUAUGAGGAAGCCACUGGCCAGGUGAACCUGCAACGGAGUGAAACAGAACCUCAUUUAGAUCCACCACCAGAAUAUGAAGACAUAAUCAACUCCAGCUCAGCCAGUGCCAUUGCUAUGGUGCCUGUGGUCACCACCAACAAAUGAAGCUACAAACUUCUUUUUACUCUAAUCAUUUUUAAAAUACUAAUGAAAGAACUUUCUAGCACUUUACCACUACAUAAAUAUAUAUUGACUUAUUUUAUUAGACUCUUACAGCAUACCACUUUUCCCUUACUGGUCUGAUUUUCUUUAGUUUUGUUUCCCAUUACAAAAUCAUUCUACAUGCUCAUUUUUGCUAGGGAAAACAUACCAGUGGGGAUAUUAAUGUGAUGAAUAUAUAUAUAUAUAUAUAUAUAUAUAUAUAUAUAUAUAUAUAUAUACAUAUCAACCCAGUAUAUGUGCAACUGUCCUAAAAAUAUACUAACUUCUAUCUAAAUCAUCUGCAAAAGCUUUACUCACAAAAAUUGGGAAUAAAAAUGCAUCAACAAUUUAUGUAAUAGAUAGAAAGCAACACGUUAUGAAAUUUUGCAAAAAGGAUGUACUUAGCAUGUUUUCUAAUUCUUACGGGCUUCUGUUAACCUCUGGAUUUUCCAUCUACUUUAAAAAGCAAAAAAAAAAGUGUGUAAUCACUCUUGAUUUAAGAAAUAUCUCUGAAAGAAAGCAUAUGCUCACAGUAAGGAAUAACUUAUUAUAGUGUAUAGCAAGGAAAUCACCGGUCAUAUGUGAUCCAUGCCUCACUUUAUGCUUCAUUAUUCUUCCUUGACUACCACUCUCCCCAAAAUGAAACAUUUUGGUCAACUUAGCAUCUUUGAAUGUCUCAUGUUAUUUGUAUUAACAUCUCAGUGGAGGGGAUUUCUGGCAAUAGAAUAAUUUCUAAGUGUAUAUAUGUAUUCAUUAGCAGGCAAUAGAUAUGGAUUAUUGCUUUGUUUUAAAGGGGGCAAUAAUUAUUUUCUCCCUCUCAUUUUACUGCCUUUUAGUUUACUGUUUAUUUUCUUUCCUAUCACUACAUAAUCUUCAGUCACCCAAGAUUUUAGUUAAAAAUAAAACCUAGAGAUUGUUUUCUUAAAGUCUUUGCCUGAAGAUUAUUAAGGGACAACUUUCCAUUACAUUAUGAGCUGUGAUUUUUUUAUUACUCUUCAAGUGGUGGAAAAAAGAUUAUAAAGAACAUGUUAUGGCAAAUGGACACUAAAUCUAGUUAUAGUCACACAUAGAUCUCAUUAUUGUUGAUAUUUUAAUUUCAACGUUAAUCACACUUUUUAAAACUAUGGUAUUUUUGCUUUUACUUUGGGGUGGAGGGAACUGGCCAUGAAUGAACUUCUAAUAUGAACUGAUUCAGAAAGAGAAAACAGAAUCAAUUGAGAUAUUCUCUGUGCUAGUAAUUUGUAAAAUAUUAAGGGCUAUCCAAUUGUAAGAUCCUUUUGUUGUUAUUGCACUUCAGAGAAAAUUGUAUCCUUGUUUCCCUGAAGUUGAGUGGAACUUUCACAUAGUGAAAAAUGGAGAAGAAUGCUCCAUAAAUGACUAACGUUGCUAAUCUGAGUGGGUGCACUUUUACUUAAUCCCUGAAAUUCAUGACUGCCAGCUCAGCAAAAACAGAAUAAAGAAAUGUUAGAAAAAGCACUAAAGUGUACGAGGUGUUAAAGCGUUCAUGGACUAAAAUAUGAUCACAUCUUGAUAAUGAUCUCAGAAAUGACAAUAAUUUUUUGAAUGAUGCCAUACAUACAUAGUGACAUUUGGUUUCUAAUUAAAUCUAAAGUGGAGUGCUUGAUUCAGCAUUGAUUUAUGUAUGUAUGAAGUUUGGGCUUGUUUGCUUGUUCUGUUUUGUUAAAAAGAUUUUUUUAUGUAGACUUUUGUCAAUAGUGACAAGUAUUACAUUAGGCCAGCAGUUUUCAAAGUGUAACCCAGGGAUCCCUGGAGUUCCUUAAAUACCUUCCAGAGCAUCUCUUAGGUCAAAAAUAAUUUCAUCAUAAUUCUAGGGUGAAAUUUGUCUUUUCAUUCUAAUUCUUUCAACAUAGAGCUCAUAAUGUAAAACAAUGUUGUUUCCCCACACAUUUUUUCUGUCUUACAAAUUAUAGUUAUUUUUAAUAGAAAUGUUUUUAUGUUAGCAUAUAAUAGAUUUUUAUUAUAAGUGAAUUAACACUUAAUUUUUUAAAUUCUCUAAUAUGAUAAAUUUUAAUACAUAUAACUCAAUAAAAAAGCUGUUCACAUCCAGAUCCCCACUGAAUAUUAAAAGUAUAAAGGAGCAUCUGGAGAAAAAAAGUUUGAACAUUGCAGGAUUAGACAAAGGAACAAGAAAUUCUAUAAAUACAACUUUAUUCUUGCAACUUUAUUUUACAUUUUAAACUCCUAAUAUUGGAUUUAACGUUGCCUCAUAAAGAUACCUGAAUUACAGUAUAAAAAUGAAUCAUCUUCAGACCAAAAGCCAAAUGUUUAACUGAUCGAUAACUACAGAUUUUUUAAAAGAUUGGUUAAAGAUAACACUGCUCCAUAUACAUAGCGACAUCAGUCAUUGAUCUCUUGGGAGCUUUUGCAUGACGAGAAUAAACAAAAUACCACUUUCUUCAAGACACAUUAUCUUAGGUUUGUUUUGUUUGGAUAUGGGUUUUGUAUUUUAAAAUCCCUUUUGCUACUCAAUCUGGUUUUAUAAACUGAGUUUCUUAACAUUUAUUAUAAUUAUGGGGCUAGUCUGGAAAUAUAUAUAUAUAUAUUUUUAUGCUUUUGCCUUUCUUACCUGAUUGAUAUUGCAUUCACCUUUGAUCAUUUUUAAUAAAGGUUUAUUUUUGCAUAAUAUAUUUAGAACCUUUCUUAAGCAGUAACUUGAGUCAUCCAGUUUGUAUUUAAAUAAAAGAAUGGACUCAAUGGUUUUUCAGUAGAAUGAUUUACAAACCUCCACAUGAAGUGGUUGUCUGGAAUCCUAGAACUGGCACUUUUUGCUUCUCUGCUUUAAAUGUCACAAUAAAUUUUAUUUAUUUAAGGUAAAUAAAAUGACUUUUUUCUUGACCUGUGAAAAUAGUGAUUUUGUGCGUGUUUUAUUGCUAAUAAUGACUUCUUGAAGAUUGAUCAGAUCCAAUAAUUGAUCAAAUAGCUUUAACUUGCUUCUGUAUACGUAGCAUGUAUUUUAUUACAAUAGUUCACAUUUUUAAAUGCUUGGUUUACAUUAAAUUAUGGUAUUUAACUAUUUUUAUGUUUAUACUAAACAGAGUUUUUCUUGUUUCUGUGUUUUUGGUAUGCUCAAUAAAGCUGUUUUUAAACCCAAAAA